AUGGCUCUCGACGAAGCGCUGCAACAGCCCUUGAACUUCACCGGUCAUCGGCACAUGAUCUCUCGCCUUCUCCUGGCGACACUCACCGGCCGACCCGUUCGCAUAUCGCAAAUUCGCUCUUCGUCGACCACACCAGGCUUAACACGCCAUGAGACAAACUUCAUCCGACUGCUCGAUUCGGUGACGAACGGCUCGCAGAUUCAAUUUAGCAUGACGGGUACGACAUUAGUCUACAGACCCGGUCUCAUCACCGGAAGCGCCGAAGGACUGGGAGCCAGCGGAGGCGUAAUCCGGCAUGAGAUACCAGCAGAGUGUAGAAAGAGGGGUGUGAGCUGGUGGCUGGUUCCCCUGUGCGUUCUUGCGCCUUUCAGCAAGGGGAACAUGAACGUCGUCUUCUACGGCGAGGGCUGUGUUACAGCGUCUACAAUCGCCGGCGACAUCUCUGCAGACACAGUUCGCACGGCUAUUCUCCCGCUGUACAAAAACUUUGCUAUCGAGCGGAAUAUCGAGCUACGUAUCCUCAAGCGCUCUUCUGCGCCCGCGGGAGGAAAGGGAGCAGGUGGCGAAGUGCAACUGGUGUUUAACCACCAGGUUCGUCUACCAAAGACACUACAUCUGCUGAAUCCUGGAAGGGUCAAGAAGAUAAGAGGUGUGGCGUACUGUGUCGAGGUUCCUAAAAGUAACAACGAGCGCAUGACCUUUACUGCAAGAGGCAUCCUCAACAAAUUUGUGCCGGAUACGUACAUCUUCUCUGACGCAAGCGCCGCACCUUUAAUACCAACAACCGCCAAAGGCCACUCCAGCGGAAAAGUAAAGGGUGCAGUGGGAUUCGGAAUCAGUCUGGUCGCAGAGACCAGCACGGGAUGCAUAUACUCAGCCGACGUAUGCUCACCACCUGAUGGUGGUGUUCCGGCAGACGAAAUCGGCAAGCAAUGCGCAUACCAGCUUCUCGAGAAGAUAUCACAAGGAGGCUGUGUGGAGAACGUGGCAGCACCCACAGUUCUCAUGCUGAUGGCUAUGGGUAGCGAGGAUGUAGGAAGAAUAGCACUGGGCAAGGACAUUUUAGGCAGCGAGGAAAUCAUACAACUUGCGCGGGAUUCCAAGGUCUUUGGAGGCAGUGCAUGGGGCUUCAGGGAGGCAGGCGGCGAGAAAGAAGAAAUCGUUGUUAGCGUUGUAGGAAGAGGAGUCGGAAAUGUAGGAAGGAAGGUUGCUUAG